GGAAAAGGGGCAAAAAAGGUGUUUGACUAUUUUUUUCAGCUAUAAAUAGACAGUCCCAUUGUCACACCAUUGUAGCCCAUUCCUUUGUUCAGUUCUCUAAGUUCAGGUAUGGUGAAAAUGGCUAUUUCCCAAUCUACCCUUCCCUUCUUCUUCCAGAUCUCACUUCUACUCCUCUGCUCUGUCUCAGUCCUUGCCCACCAAACUCUCCCUUUGACCCCUGCACCAGCACCUGCCUCCAUCAAAGGCCACCACCACAGCCGUUCUCCGGCCGCCGCAACGCCGCCGGCAGCCGCCCCUGCAAACCCAUCACCACACAUAGCAAACCCUCCCAUUCGCUCCCAUUCCCCUGCUCUCGCCCCUACCACCCAUCACCACCAUUCUCCGUCCGCCCCAAAGCCGCCGGCAGCCGCCCCUCCUAAACCACUACCACACCUAGCAAAACCUCCCACUCACUCACACUCCCCCGCUCUCGCCCCUGCCAUCUUGCCACCGCGGCACCCCCACCACCAUGCCACCGCCGCCCCAUCACCGGCACCCACCACUCCCCACCACCACUCCGCACCACCGCAUGCUCUCAUCCAUCCACCAUCCCAAAGAAAACAACCCAUCGCUGUCUGCGGCAGCGUUUUCUGCAAAUCUUGCAAGAACUCCACCAUUCCCAUCAAAGGGGCUGUGGUUAAAUUAGAGUGCAAGAACACGAAGAAGGAGAUGGAGGAGAGGACAGAGACGGACGAGAAGGGGUAUUUCUUGUUGAAGCCGAGGAUAGUGACGUCAGCAGGGUGGCACAAGUGCAGGGUGUUUCUGGUCUCUUCGCCGCACCGCAAGUGCAACGUGCCCACGAAUCACAAUCUGGGCCGGGUCGGGGCGCCGCUGAACUUCCACCGGCCCGAGAACAAAACGCUGUCGUAUCCCCGCUUCACCGUCGGCCCCUUCUUCUUUAAGCACUAUAACCAGACUCACUGCAAAAAGCAUCUGAUUGGUUGAAAAGCUAAGCUCUGUUUGAAGAAGCUAAGGAAGAGGAGAUUAAUUUACUUAGAGCAAUUAAGUUGUAAUGUUUGCAUUAUUAAUUACUUUGUUGGAUGCUAUUAGCCUUAUAUUAGAGUACUAUUGGCCUUAGUUGGUUAUUGUCACUCGAAUGAAAUCUUUAUUAAGGU